AUGUCAGAGCACAGCAUCAUCCAGACUCGUUUUCCAUUUUUUGUUGGAUCAGGGGAGAGGGGACCAGGUUGUGCCUCGCUGCUGAAGAACAAGAACUACUUCACAUCCAAGAGUGGUCCUUGGAACCAUGAGGGAGGUUUUAAUGGUAAAGUUGGUCUGAACUCAGUUGCUUCAGUUCAACUAAAACUCGCCCAGAAAGUAACAGAUUAUGAGAGCGAGCGAAAGACUGUGGAGACAAGGCCCUGCCUGAACUAA